AGCGCCCACAUCAUUAGGAAAAUGGCUAUACUUUGAGUGCAUGACCAAAAUCUACACUCCUACACCAAGUCAUCAAAAUACCACCGACGUUGUGUCAGUCUGAAGUUCUGCAGAAUCUCUCUCUCUGGGUCUGCCUGUCUCUCCCUCCUUCCCUCCCUCCCUCUCUCUCCCUGCAAACAAAGGGCCACAGAAUUGAACACCAGCCUUUCUCCCCCUUUGUGACAUUGCAUCCCUAAGGAAACGGCAAGCUUUGCCAUGGCUACUGGGAGUGUUGUCAAAGCCACCAGAGCUUCCUGGGCAGCAGAGAAGGACGUGUCUCAGCUUUGCCUGCUCUCCGUGUGUGCUUCCUCCUUCCUCAGGAGCCUCCUCAGAGCUGGCCCAGCGAUGCCAAAGAAUGCUCUGGUGACCCUCCGGUAUGGGCCUUAUCGGAGCUGCGGGGUAGUGGAGCACAGGACCUUCCGCCUGGAGGGCAUGCAAGCUGUGUUAAAAGGAGACGGGCAUCAAGUCGUCCUCCAGCAAAUCCCCGAUUGGAACGACGUGCAGCUGAUUGUGAACGGGGAGACCGUCUUCCAGUGCAACAUCAAUGACUUAGAUUUCGGAGGAGAUGGAAAGUUGGACCCUCUUUGCCAAGAAGCUCGAGAGGCCGUCUUAAAAGCCUACUGAAGAAGCCUUCUUCUUGUGCUUUGCUCUUUCAAACGCUCGUUUCUCACGAAGGAAGCCCAACCCCCCAACCCCCCCAAGGCUCCUAUUGUACCUUGUUGCCAAAACAGUACGGUCUCCAAUUCACUAAUCACUUCUCUGCUUCAUAUCUAAUUAUUU